AUGGCUUCUGAUGCAGCAGCAAGGCCCCUCAAGAGCAUUUUGAAGAAGAAUACAGGCGGUGCUGGUGCUGCCCCACGCCGUCAACAGCAUGCCCCGCCGAAGACUGAGGCCGAGCAGAUCGCUCGCCAGCACGCGCGCAUCAUCCAGGAUAGAAAGGAGCUCGAGACACAAAUCUUUGACAACAUUAACGAGCUGACCGAGUAUCCGCUCGUCAGAAGCGAGUCCUACUCGUCUGCCAACCCGGCACCGAGCGACGUGGCCGGCUUCAAGUCCCUGAUCCGACUGUUCCAACCCUCCGACUACGACGACCUCAUCGAGGAGCGCAACACCUGCGGACUGUGCGGCUAUGCCCUUUGUGCUAAGCCGCGAGUCACCUACAAGGGCGGCGGUGUCUGGAAACUCGUCAACACGGGCACCAAGGACUUCAACAUCGUCGAGAGGAAGGAGCUGGAGAAAUGGUGUUCCCAGAAGUGCGCUAAGAGAGCGCUCUACAUCAAGGUGCAGCUGAACGAGACGGCAGCCUGGGAAAGAGCAGGCAUCCCAGAUAUCGAGAUUGAGCUGCUGGACGAGGAGUCCUCUGCUGCCGCCAAGUCAGAGCCAGAGAGGCUAGCAGCCGAGAUGGGCCGACUGAACUUGGAGCAGGAGAGGAAGACAGCACAAGACUCCGCUUCGCUCGCUCUGGAAAGGGGAGACACUGCUAAGAAGCAGCCCAGAAAGCCGGUCGGGGUUACAAUCAGAGAGAAGGUUACAGGCCAGGCCGAGCCACCCUCUCUGGAGGACUCGGCAGCCGCGUCAAACGUAGUAGAAGGCUAUCAAGCCAAAUUCGGGGCCCCGAAGGACGUUGACGAGUAG